AUGGCUGUCUUCCUGCUCCUGAUUUUUCUCUGUUCCUUUAGUUCAUCUCUUCGAGUGUCUGAGAGCAGAAUAUUUUCAAUCUAUAAUGAAGACAGCAAGCUCUGUGCCCAAGCUCAAAACUCUAGCUCUGUCAUCACUACUGCUUGUGACGAGCACAAUGAGUUUCAGAGGUUCAGGUGGGUCUCUGCCACACAGCUGCUGAGCAUGGCGCUCAAGCUGUGCCUGGGAGUGCUCAGCAAGGACGACGAGGCUGCCAUCACACUGGAAUCCUGCAACAGGACAAAUGAGCUCCAGUGGUGGGAAUGUAGGAAUGAGAUGCUUGCAACCCACGGCAAGGAUUUAUUUGUCAACUAUGGCAAAGGGAAGGGGAAGAAAAUCAGGUUGUCCAAAUUCGUGAGCAAAGGGAGCAGGUGGAAAAUCCAUGGGACUGCAGACAGCGUGUGCUCCCAGCGCUAUGACGAUGUCUAUACACUGGGAGGAAAUGCCUUUGGUGCACCCUGCGUGUUCCCUUUUAAGUUCAAUGGUAAAUGGUACGCUGAGUGCAUCCCUCAGAGCGACGAUGCAGGCUCUUUCUGGUGUGCAACUUCUUCAGAUUUUGAUAAAGACCAAUUUUUUGGAAACUGUCCACUAAAAGACACCAUCCACAAUGACCUUUGGAAAACAAAUCCUGUGACAGGAACCCACUAUCAGAUAAACUCAGAGUCUCUUUUGACAUGGCACCAAGCAAGAAAAAGCUGCCAGCAGCAGAAUGCAGAAUUAUUAAGUGUCACAGACCGUCAUGAAGAAAUGUAUUUAUUAGGGCUCACUAGUGACCUGGGUGUCAAUGUGAAGCUUUGGACUGGUCUUUUCAGUGCACUUAACAGUGGCUGGCAAUGGAUUGGGGGCAGUCCUUUCAGAUACCUAAACUGGGCUCCAGGAAAUCCCUCUAUGGAAUCUGGAAAAAUAUGUGGGACCUUCCAAGGUAGGAACGGCAAAUGGGAAAACCAGGUGUGUGAUCGGAAACUGGGAUAUAUCUGCCAAAAGAGAAACUCUUCCUCAGAUUUCUCCCCUAUUGCCUCUGGUGACUUAAAGCCUGUUAAGUGCCCCAGGGGAUGGAUGGCCUAUGCAGGUCAUUGCUAUAGAAUUUACAGAACACCCAAAAUAUGGAAAGAAGCCCAGUCUUCCUGCAGAAAAGUAGAUGGAGAGCUGGCGAGUAUUCAUAAUAUUGAGGAGUACAGUUUUACAGUGUCUCAGCUUGGGUACAAGCCAGAUGAUGAGCUAUGGAUUGGUCUAAAUGACUUCAAGGUUGAAAUGUAUUUUGAAUGGAGUGAUGGGACACCUGUGGUUUAUACCAAAUGGCAUCACGGAGAGCCAGCUCACACACGGAAUAAGGCAGACUGCAUCGUUAUGAAGGGAGAGGAUGGAUCUUGGGCUGACAGCGCUUGUGAAACAAAACUUGGUUACAUCUGCAAAAGGAAAUCUUUGGCAGAGGAACCAGGGGAAGCUGAGGUUAUUUACCCAGGCUGCCAGAAAGGCUGGAUGAAGCAUGGCUUUUACUGUUACUCCAUGGGGCAGUUGCCAGCAACGUUUUCAGAAGCAAAAAAAAUCUGUGAAGAAAAUAAAAGUUACCUGGUUACUGUGAGAGACAGAUAUGAACAAGCUUUUUUGACUUCUGUAAUUGGAUUCAAUCCGGCAAAGUAUUUCUGGAUUGGUCUCUCAGACGUGGAGGAACAGGGGACGUUCAGGUGGACCAGUGGGGAUGUGGUCACCUUCACUCAUGAAUGCCCGGUAGGUUUAAAAAUUUUGUUUCAUAAAGGAAGUGAGUCAGGCUGUGUGGCCAUGAUAACAGGAACUUCAGCUGGAUUAUGGAAUAUUUUGAAUUGUGAAGAAACAAACAUGUUUCUCUGCAAGCAGCUGGUGGAGGGAGUGACCCCCCCCCCUCCUCCAACGACGACCCCUCUCCCAUCGUGCCCAGAGGGAUGGCAAUCUGUUCCUCAGAGCAGCUCCUGCUUUAAAAUUUUUCAGGGAGGAAGGGAGAAAAUGCAAACAUGGUUUGGUGCGAGAGAUUUUUGCAGAGCCAUUGGAGGAGAUCUGGCAUGUAUACACAGUGAAGAAGAACAAAACCUAAUAGCUGGGUUAAAGAGAGAUUAUAUUCAUUUAUCUUACUGGAUGGGUUUAAGUGCCUUGGACUCUGACAGUGGAUUUAUAUGGAGUGAUGGCUCACCAGUAAAUUUUGAAAAAUGGGCACAUGGAGAACCAAACAAUUAUGAUGGAAAUGAAAAAUGUGGCGUAUUUAAUGGCUACACUAAUAUGUACUGGAAUGAUUUAUUUUGUGAACAUAUGCAGGACUAUGUUUGCCAAAUAAAAAAAGGAGCAUCACUGAAACCAGAGCCUACUUCCACAUUCAGUUAUGAAUAUACUGUUAGUGAAGAUGACUGGAUAAUACAUAAUCACAAGGAAUACUACUUCAGCAAGGAACCAAUGCCUGUGGAAAAAGCCAGGGACUUUUGCAAGAAGAAUGGUGGUGAUCUUGCUGUCAUUGAGAGUGAAAGUGAAAGAAUUUUUCUUUGGAAAUAUACUUUCUAUAAAGACUGGGGAAAUAGCUUUUAUAUUGGCUUAAGUGUGAGCCUUGAUAAGACAUUCCGAUGGAUGGAUGGAACUCCAGUGAACUACGUUGCCUGGGCUCCAAAUGAACCCAAUUUUGCAAAUAAUGAUGAAAACUGUGUGGUCAUGUAUACCCAGACAGGUACAUGGAAUGAUCUCAACUGUGGCAGCGUUGAGUUAUUCAUCUGUGAAAGGCUUAACAAUACUGUUCGUCCAACUGUUGUUCCCACUUCACCACCACCAAAGGGUGGGUGUCCAGAAGACUGGCUCCUCUUUGAUAACAAGUGUUUCAAAGUAUUUGGCCUUAAUGAAAAUGACACAUUGACAUGGCAUGCUGCACGGAACAAUUGUAUUAGUUUUGGAGGAAACUUGGCUACUAUAUCAAAAAAGGAAACACAAGCUUUCCUAAUGUCCCUCUUAAAAAAUGCUGCAACUGAUGCUUGGAUUGGACUGAAUGACAUAAAUCAGGAGCACACAUAUUUAUGGACAGAUGGAAGCGCAGUUUACUACACAAAUUGGGCAAAAGGUUCCCGCAGUUAUUACAGUAAGGAUGACUGUGUCUUUAUGAUAAAGAACCCUGUUGAACAGGCAGGGAAAUGGAAAGAUGAAGAAUGUAAAACAAGCAAAAGCUACAUAUGUCAGAAAAAUUCUGACCCCAAACUGCAAAACUCCCAACCCAUAGUUCCGAUGUUUGGCUUUAACAAUUAUGGUGACGACCGCUAUGCAGUCAUCAAUGACAAAAUGAGUUGGGAAGAAGCACAGAAGAACUGCAGAGACCAAUCUGCAGAACUUGCCAGCCUUUUGGAUCCUUACGCUGAAUCUUACGUGUGGUUACAAAUAUUAAAGCACGGGGAGCCUGUAUGGAUUGGUCUUAACAGCAACACGACUCGUGGCCAUUACAUGUGGUCAGAUAGAAGGAGGAGCAGGUAUCUUAACUGGGCCAGUGGAGAACCGAAUAAGAACACAGCCUGUGUCUAUUUAGAUUUGGAUGGUUUUUGGAAGACAGCACCUUGCAAUGAAACAUUUUUAUCAAUCUGUAAACAAUCAGAUGAGUUAAUCCCGAGUGAACCACCACAGCUUCCUGGAAGGUGUCCUGAACCAAAGCGUGGUAGAUCUUGGAUUCCCUUCCGUGGUCAUUGCUACUAUGUUCAUACCACUUCUGAGGAAAGCUGGCCUGAUGCUUCCAUGGCAUGUAUUCAAAUGGGUGCUUCUCUGGUUUCCAUAGAAGAUUCAGCUGAAAUGAACUUUCUCUUACUUUAUUUGUCUCCACUUACAAGUGACUUCAGAAAGUUUUGGAUAGGAUUGUUCAGAAAUAUUGAUGGGGAAUGGAUAUGGACAGACAGAAGUGCAGUAGAGUUUGUCAACUGGGAGAAAGGAGAGCCCACAGUACUAUUUGACGAACACUGUGUUGACAUGGAUGUCUCAAGUGGGACCUGGAGGAACUAUUACUGCUCUGUUGACCAGAAUUUUAUCUGUAAAAUCCCAAAAAUUAUUGAAAUUGAGCCAACCCAUGACUCACCUGUCAAUAAAGCAUCAAAAAAUGAAGCUGCUUCUUCAUCCACAAACAGUUUAGGUGGGAUGAUUGUUAUACUGAUCUUCCUUCUGCUAACAGGAACUGGCCUUACAAUCUAUUUUUUCUAUAAAAAAAGACGUGAUCAGCAAUUAAUUACAGCCAGUUUUGACAACGCCAUAUACCGUGCUGAUGCUGACCCUGGAACUCAUGAAUCAAAUUGUCUUGUGACGAAUAUUGAACAAAAUGAGCAGGCAACAGUUUAA